AAAACCCUUCUCUCUUCGUUGACUUGUGGACGAGCGAACAACUAAAACAACCAAUUGAAAUUGUGAUUAUCGUCGAUUUUGUCUACGGAGUUUGUUUUUUGUUAUAGCUUAAAAUGGCCUCCAAGUUUGUGAGUUGUGACACAUUCGUGCUCAUGCCUGAUGUUACGGCUGAAAAAGCCCUCAUUUUCGGCAAAAACUCGGAUCGUCCUCAAGGCGAAGUGCAAGAAGUCAUCUUUGUGCCGAAAACUUUGCACUCCAAAUCAGACCUUCAAUGUACCUACAUUGCCAUACCACAAACAGAGGAAACCUAUAGCGUUAUUUUGAGUAAACCUGCCUGGAUGUGGGGAGCAGAAAUGGGCGUCAAUGAGUAUGGAGUGACGAUUGGCAAUGAAGCUGUCUGGAACAGACUGAGCGACGAAAGCCAUGAUUUGCAGAAGAGACUGUUGGGCAUGGAUCUUUUGCGAUUGGGAUUAGAGCGCUCUAAGAAUGCCCUGGAAGCUCUGAACGUUAUCACAGAUCUGUUGGAGAAGUUUGGACAGGGGGGUCCUUGCUCGGAUAUCAUUCCGGAUUUUUCGUAUCACAACGCCUUUUUGAUAGCCGACCACCAGGAAGCUUGGGUUCUCGAGACGGCAGAUCGGUUUUGGGUGGCCGAGAAAGUAAAAAAGGGGGUUCGCAAUAUCUCGAACUGUAUGAGUAUUAGAACGUCCAUCGAGAAGAUUCAUCCUGAAUUGAAAUCCCACGCUUUGGAACAAAAGUGGUGGGAUGGCAUUGAGGAUUUUGAUUGGAAAAAGGUGAUUGGUGGAUUUACCUCAGGGGAUUUGGAGCAACCCAACGAAAGAUUUGAUUGCGGAAAACGUCUCCUAGAAGAAUUAAGUCUGCAAAAACAAUUCAAAGUGGAGGAUAUGCGAACUGUCUUGCGAGACACAGAAAGCGGCAUUUGUCGAGACUCAAAGAAUGCCUUUCCAACGACAGGGUCACAGAUAUCCUUGCUGACACCAGAUCCAUCUAAUGAUUGCCAUUGGUUUACCGCGACGUCGGAUCCUCGGCGAUCGAUUUUCAAGCUCUGUCCUGGCUUUGAUGUUUUAAAUGCCGUCGAUGACGAUUCCGCCCUGAGCUCCCACACGAAAAGUCCAAUCCUGGACCCUUCCAAAAACCAGGACCCAAAGGAACGUGGUCAUGGACUUUGGCAACUUCAUGCCCAAGUGUCCAAUCAUCGUGAUGUAUUUGAUAUCUUGAAAGUCUUGGAGGAUAUGAACGCUCAGCGGCCACAUCGGGGCCAAUCCAACGUCUUUCACGAGAUGGUCCUCAGGGAAUCUGAAAUCCUAUCUCAAUAUCUAAGUAAAGAAGGAGUCGCGAAUUGAAGAGCAAGAAUGAAUUUAUUAGCAUAUCCUUGGGCUUGACGAUGGUAUUUUUAUAUCGAAUAAUAGUUGUAAUGGUAACAAUUGUUCUAAUGUAACCAGAGUUAUAAUAUAUCUUACUGAGUGCAUAUAA